AUGGAGGACAAACGCAACAUCCAGAUCAUUGAAUGGGAACACCUGGACAAGAAGAAGUUCUACGUCUUUGGAGUGGCAAUGACAAUGAUGAUCCGUGUCAGCGUCUACCCAUUCACCCUCAUCCGUACCCUACUGCAGGUUCAGAAGGGCAAGAGCCUUUACCAGGGGACAUUUGACGCCUUCAUCAAGAUUCUCCGGGCAGAUGGGGUGACCGGUCUGUACCGGGGUUUCCUGGUCAACACCUUCACCCUCAUCUCUGGCCAAUGCUAUGUCACCACUUAUGAGCUCACUCGGAAGUUUGUAUCUGACUACAGCCAGAGUAACACAGUCAAAUCACUGGUGGCAGGUGGCUCAGCCUCCCUGGUGGCCCAGAGCAUCACGGUACCCAUUGAUGUGGUUUCCCAGCAUCUGAUGAUGCAGCGCAAGGGGGAAAAAAUGGGUCGCUUCCAGGUGCAUGGGAAUGCAGAGGGACAAAGAGUGGUUGCUUUUGGCCAAACCAAGGACAUCAUCAGGCAGAUCCUACAAACUGAUGGGCCUCGAGGCUUCUACCGAGGCUAUGUGGCUUCACUGCUCACCUACAUCCCAAAUAGUGCUGUCUGGUGGCCCUUCUAUCACUUUUAUGCAGACAUUGGCUUUCUUCUGAUUACAGAGCAGCUCUCACACCUCUGUCCUAAAGAGUGCCCUCACAUUGUCUUCCAAGCCAUCUCGGGGCCCUUGGCUGGGGCCACUGCCUCCAUCCUUACCAAUCCCAUGGAUGUCAUCCGGACCCGUGUACAGGUUGAGGGCAAGAACUCCAUCAUUCUGACCUUCAGACAGCUGAUGGCAGAGGAGGGGCCCUGGGGCCUCAUGAAGGGCCUCUCAGCCAGAAUAAUCUCUGCCACGCCCUCCACCAUUGUCAUUGUGGUGGGCUAUGAGAGCCUCAAGAAGCUCAGCUUGAGACCUGAGCUGGUGGAUUCAAGACACUGGUAA